AUGUACUCUUCGGCCAUUCUAGCCCCGCUGGUAUUAUACUUGGCUGGCACAGCUCUAGCCACGCCAACACCAGUCAUCCCGGACAAGCGCACCGCAUGUGCCGUGUCUGUCGACGAGACUGUCGACGCAUUGGGCAACCUCGCCGUCCACUACAGCGACAACAAGAUCAGCCUCGGCGAUCAAGACCCGACCGACUUGUUCAAGCAAGUCGGAACAAAGUGUGCAGAUGCAGGCAGCUGCGAUCCAAAUGCAUGGACCGGGAAGGGCCAGGAACCAGGCAGUCCAGAGGGUCUUGAGGAUGUUGACAUCUCCAUGGUCGCCCACGGCCUCUACCCCGUCUGGAUCCACAACGGGCUCUAUGAUGCGCUCAUGACGGCCCUGUCAAAGGCGGUGAAAAAGGAGACCAAGACGUACACGCCUAGUACGACUUGCACGUCCUCCAUUGGCUGCUUUGGCUCUUCGGACAAGUCCAUUGACGUCUACACUAUCCCUGACUGGAUCGCCGUGUACUGGUAUGAUCCAGAUGACUGCAACGCCGACCCGGCGUUCAUGGGCGUCCAGACCUCGGUCAAGGUCGAGGGAAGCUCUGGGUUCUGCAGUACCUUUAGCACGCUUGGAGGUGCGCUCGCAAGCUCAAUAGGAGCUCCCGGCGGCGCUGGCGUGGUCUUUUCCCUGCUAGGACUUUCGUGCUCCCUCGCCGGCCAAUAG